GCCAGCGUUCAGUGGGCAUGCAAAUAUGCUCACAUCUGACACGUCCCUUACCACUCUCCAGUUUAUAUUUUACAGUGAUUUACAUACGACACAGAUACUCGCAUCGCAGCAUAGAUACCGGAGAUUGUACAAUACCUCCAUUAUUCAAGCCCGCGGCAAAAAAGAGACGGUCACCCUAGUGUGUUCCAGCAACUCGACACCAGCGAAUGGCUCAGAUGUUAUAAAGGGGAACCGGCAGUGUUUGACCGAUUUACAGAAUGACGUUUAUAACAGUUAAAUACGGAGAUAAUCAGCAAAGAAUUUUCAAUCCCAUGUGCUCCAGUAUGAUUUUACUAGAAUGCAUAAGGAAAAACUGUCAAUGCGAAAAAGGGGUGACACUAGAUUUACUGGACGAAAAUGGCCAUGUUAAAAACCUACCCGAAAACUUACAGUCAUAUGCAUCAGACUUUUUAGAAGGAAGGGGAACAUAUUGGCUAAUUAAAGUCGAAAAAGGUAACGAAGAUACUCCAAACAAGUAUACUUUACUUUUAUCACAGCCAGAAAAACACUGCCCAGAGCUUCAACAACGCCUUGAACACCUAUCAAAACCAGUGGUACGUAAGAUGAGCAGGGCUUCAAAAUGGACCGUCGUAUCCAAAAAAGUCAAACCAAAGGGUGGGUCUGUGUCUACAAAGAGAUCCAACAAUCACAGUAACACUUCCCCAGCGCCAAGAAGAAAAUAA